AUGUGUUCCAAGCUCCCACCUGAACAGCCCGCUGAAGAAAGCUUCCUUAGUAUCUAUGUGUUAUUAAAUGUAAUGUUAUCAUGUGAAAGAAAAUCCUUCCUGACGUGGCUGAACUUUCGUGUUUGCAUAGCGUGCGCUUCAACGGAGUGGACUUGUGGUGAUGGAACUUGCAUACCCCUAGAAGGCCGUUGUAACGGGCGUUAUGAGUGCCGAGACUAUAGUGAUGAAGACCGGUGUCCAGAGUUGUCUCUUAAUGAUGGAAGGUUAGGCUCCAGACAUGCAAAUCUAUUCCUGUUAUACAGCAUGCAGUCCUGGCGAGUGGACUUGCAUGAAUGGGGACUGCAUUCCCACCGCUCAACACUGCGACAGAAUCCCGCACUUGACGGUUCUGACGAAGAGAACUGCCCGCCUCAGCUCGCGUGUGCUUCAACGGAGUGGACUUGUGGUGAUGGAACUUGCAUACCCCUAGAAGGCCGUUGUAACGGGCGUUAUGAGUGCCGAGACUAUAGUGAUGAAGACCGGUGUCCAGCAUGCAGUCCUGGCGAGUGGACUUGCAUGAAUGGGGACUGCAUUCCCACCGCUCAACACUGCGACAGAAUCCCGCACUGCCGUGACGGUUCUGACGAAGAGAACUGCCCGCCUCAGCUCGAAGGCCGUUGUAACGGGCGUUAUGAGUGCCGAGACUAUAGUGAUGAAGACCGGUGUCCAGGUGAGGAUGAUGCUGCAUCAGAAUAUCCAUUGAUAUCCAUCUGA